CCACGAAAACAGACAAAUAUUCUCUCCCCCUGUGGUUGUACCCCUCUCUCUCUCCCUUACACUCUAUCUCCCUCUCCAGAAAUUGAAAUGUGGAACAAAUAUGGAGGCCUCUGAAGAACCUACACAUCACGCCAUUCCCAAUCCCCGACCUACCAUUGGAGAUGAAGAGCCCAAAUCUGAAAAACAAGAACAACAAAACGAAGAGCUAGGGUUAGGGUUAGGGUCUGAAUUGGCGUCGUCUUCUGAUCUCAAUCCCAAUCGCGACCCUAAUCGUAGUCCUGCUAUCAUCGAUAAUAAGCUUAACCAAAUCGUCGCUACUGAACAGCUUCACAACCUUGUUCUGAAUGAGACUGUCAAUGAGGAGGCUCACGAUCUAGCUUGGGAAAGGACCGCAGAUGAAGAUAGAGAAUUGGAACAGGCCAUCAUCAGAGAAGAAGGUGGGGAAAAUGUAAGUAAACAUGAGGAUCAGAGUUCAGGUUUGGAAGAAAGUGAAGUAAAUAACGAGAAACAUUCAGAUCACAACGAGGAAGCUCAGAGCGAUAGUGAGAAUGAGGAUUGGAAUGCCCAAAAUGAGGACCUUAAGGACGAAGAUUGCACCAAGAACCAUAAAGACAAUAUGAGUGAGAAUCAGGAGAGGGAGGAGGAGGAAGAGGACAAUGAUGGUGUGAAUGAGAACGAAGGGGAUGGGGAUGAUGGUGGGGCAACGUUUAUGCCGGUGUCCAAUGAUGGGACAUACAACAGGAGACUCAGGAGGUACCAUCAUCCACUGCGACCUGAUGCCAUGGAGUGUGCAUAUUAUAUGAAGACUGGGACCUGUAAGUUUGGAUCCAAUUGCAAGUUCAAUCACCCUCCUAGCCGGAAAAACCAGGGUGCUAAGGAGAAGGUCAAGCAAAACGAAGAAAGCCCAGAAAGGCCAAGGCAGACUGAAUGCAAGUAUCACCUGACACCAGGGGGAUGCAAAUAUGGAAAUUCUUGUAGAUACAGUCAUAUUACAGGAAAAACUUCAGUAGCUCCGAUUUUGGAGUUUAACUUUCUGGGCCUGCCGAUCCGACUGGGAGAGAAAGUGUGCCCAUAUUACAUGCGGAAUGGCUCCUGCCAAUAUGGAUCAAAUUGCAGGUUUAACCAUCCUGAUCCUACUGCAGUGGAAGAUGGUGACUCUCCUUCAAGAUAUGGUAAUGGUGGAUCUGUUUCAUUGCAAGGACCUUCUAUAUCAGCUAUGACAUCGUGGUCGUCACCCAGAAUGAAUGAGGCUGCAUCCUAUGUUCCAAUGAUGUUUACUCCAACCCAAGGUGUUUCAUCUCCAAAUCCUGAAUGGAGUCGAUAUCAGGCACCUGUAUACCAACCAUCAGAAAGCAGCCAACCUAUACCUCCAGCAUUUGCAAUGAAAAAUCCAGCAGCUGAUACAAGCUUCUACAAUUAUCCUCAACUGCAAAUGCCAGUUGACGAAUUUCCUGAAAGACCUGGUCAACCUGAAUGCAGUUACUUUUUAAAAACUGGGGACUGUAAGUACAGAUCUAACUGCAAAUUUCACCAUCCAAGGAGUCGGCUCCCCAAGGCACCCCCUUGCAUUCUCAGCGACAAAGGCCUGCCUCUAAGACCUGAUCAGGAGAUCUGCUCGCAUUACAACCGGUAUGGCCUUUGCAAGUUUGGGCCUGCUUGUAAGUUUGAUCAUCCCAUAAAUUAUGGCAACUCAACUUCUUCGGUUGGGUCUGAACCAGAUUAGCAUGGAGCAAGGAUGGUUGGAUUUGAAUAUGGAAACAAUUUAUCUCUGAUGUAGCAGCCUGUGUUAGAAUUUUUGCAUCCAAGGUCAUCUAGUGUUUAGGAUUCCAAGUUACAAGCAUUUCGAAUUCUUCUCACACAUGAACAAUUCUAUUUUACUUUUUGGUGCUACAAGUUCUUUAAAGGAUGGUGAGAUAUCUUUUUUAUCUGUCGUGUUACUACAAGAACAAACAAAAUCAGGUAUGUAAAUUAUCUCUAUACAGUGAUGUUGGCAAUUUAUUAUGAUGUGUGAUAACUGAACAUCUCCCAGUUACCUCGUCGACUGAUUUGUCUUGGGCUCUUAGCUAAAACCCAUGGCCAUGGACGACAGGAUAUUUAUUCUUCUUGCAAAUAGGUGAAAAA